AUGAAGGUCUCUUCCACUGUAUUUUUGGCAGCAGCUGCAUCUACUGCAUUCGCUGAAGUCGUUACCAACUCGACUUCUUCCGUUACAGCUUCUUCUCAGUUGAGCUCUGUUGCUCCACCUGCUGUUUGGAAGCCUUCGGAUGAGUCUUCUAAAUCUUCAGAUGAAUCAUCUGCUGCUGUACCUCCUGCAUCUUCGAACGGACCUUCUUCUGCAUCUGCUGCUGUAUCCACUCCUGCUUCCCCUGCUGUUUCGGCUCCUGCUUCUUCUGGUAUACCUCCUGCAUCUUCGAACGGACCUUCUUCUCCAUCUGCUGCUGUAUCCACUCCUGCUUCCCCUGCUGUUUCGGCUCCUGCUGCUUCUGGUGUACCUGCAUCUGUUGUUUCCAAUGAGCCAUCUGCUUCGGAUAGUAGUGCUUCUGCUACCCCUUUCCAUAAGUCUUCUGCUAAGCCCACCCCUACUCCUUCUCGUAAACCUUCUCAAUCAGCACCUACACCUGGUAAGCCAACUCCUACUCCUUCUCGUAAACCUUCUCAAUCAGCACCUACACCUGGUAAGCCAACUCCUACUCCUUCUCGUAAACCUUCUCAAUCAGCACCUACACCUGGUAAGCCAACUCCUACUCCUUCUCGUAAACCUUCUGCUGGUCCUUCCAAAAAACCUUCAGUUGGUCCAACUCAUAAGCCAUCUGUAGGUACUUCCCAGACUUCAGAAGCUCCUACUUGGAGUUCUUCCUAUACAUCAUCAGAAACUCCUUCAUGGAAUCCUUCCUUCACAUCUUCGGAUGGUUCAUGGAGUCCUUCCUAUACCUCCUCUCCUAAAACUUCGGAUGAAACUUCUUGGGAUCCUUCAUAUAAGCCUUCAGGUGAACCUUCUUGGACACCAUCUCCUUCUUCGUUGGAACCUUCUGUUGGUCCAUCCCACAAGCCUUCCGUUGGUCCAUCCCACAAGCCUUCUGUUGGUCCAUCCCACAAGCCUUCUGUUGGUCCAUCCCACAAGCCUUCUGUUGGUCCAUCUCACAAGCCUUCUGUUGGUCCAUCCCACAAGCCUUCUGUUGGUCCAUCCCACAAGCCUUCUGUUGGUCCAUCUCACAAGCCUUCUGUUGGUCCAUCCCACAAGCCUUCUGUCACCCCAUCCCACAAGCCUUCUGUCACUCCAUCCCACAAGCCUUCUGUCACUCCAUCCCACAAGCCUUCUGUUACUGACACCAAUACUGUUACUACUACCAAGACUUAUGAAACUACAGCAACUGCUACUGAAACCAAGGAAACUACUGUUACUGCUACUGAAACUAUUUGUGACGGUAAUGGUCAUUGUACAACCGCUACCACCACCAAGACUUUGGAAACGACUGCCACCGAAACUGAAACAUUAGAAACUACUGCUACUGAAACCUUGGAAACUACUGCUACCGAAACCUUGGAAACUACUGUUACUGCUACUGAAACUAUUUGUGACGAUAAUGGUCAUUGUACAACCGCUACCACCACCAAGACUUUGGAAACGACUGCUACUGCUACUGAAACAUUAGAAACUACUGCUACUGAAACCAAGGAAACUACUGUUACUGCUACUGAAACUAUUUGUGAUGACAAUGGUCAUUGUACAACUGCCACUUCUACUCAGACCUUGGAUACCACUGUUAUUAUCACUCAACCUACCUGUGAUGGUGAUUGUAAUACUGUUUCAAUUACUGAUGUUUCAACUUCUACUCCUUUCACCAAAACUUUCGAUAGUACUGAAUACACAGUUAUUACAGAAUAUACCACUUACUGUCCAGAACCAACGACUUUCACUACUGGUGGUAAGACUUACACUGUUACUGAACCAGGUGUUGUAACUAUUACCGAAUGUGACUCUUGUGAAGGCCCUGCUACCACCGUUACUCAAGAGAAUGUUACUAAGACUACCACGCAUGAUCAAACUGUUUACACUACUUACUGUCCAGAACCAACUAUUUUCACCACUGGUGGUAAGACUUACACUGUUACUGAAGCAACUACUUUGACUAUAACCAACUGUGACUCUUGUGAAGGUCCUGCUACCACCGUUACAGGCGAUAAUGUUACCAAGACUACUACCCAUGAUCAAACUGUUUACACUACCUACUGUCCAGAACCAACUACAAUUACUACUGGCGGUAAGACUUACACUGUUACUGAACCAACUACUUUGACUAUAACCAACUGUGACUCUUGUGAAGGUCCUGCUACCACUGUUACAGGCGAUAAUGUUACCAAGACUACUACCCAUGAUCAAACUGUUUACACUACCUACUGUCCAGAACCAACCACAUUUACUACUGGUAGUAAGACUUACACUGUUACUGAACCAGGUGUUGUUACUAUUACCGAAUGUGACUCUUGUGAAGAAACUGCUAAACCAGAAACUCCAAAGACUGAAACUGCUAACCCAGAAUCUCCAAAGACUGAAUCUUCUAUGCGUGACCAAACUGUUUACACUACCUACUGUCCAGAACCAACUACAUUUACCACUGGUGGUAAGACUUACACUGCUUCUGAACCAGGUGUUGUUACUAUUACCCAAUGUGACUCUUGUGAAGAAACUGCUAACCCAGAAUCUCCAAAGACUGAAACUGCUAACCCAGAAUCUCCAAAGACUCAAACUGCUAACCCAGAAUCUCCAAAGACUCAAACUGCUAAACAAGAACCUCCAAAGAGUGAAGCUGCUCCAGCUACUGUUCAAACUGUUGCCACUACCCAUGACUUCACUACCGUUGUUUCUCAACCAACUACUUUUACCACUGGUGGUAAGACUUUUACUGCUUCUUCUGGUACAUUAGUUGGCUCCGUCACAAAUGUUCAAACUAAGAAUAUCGAAGCUUCUCCAGUUGUUUCUGGUUCUUCUCCAGCUGAAAAUCCUUCAACUCAUUCUAUCUUAGUUGCAACUAAUGCUGCUAACUUUGUCAUUCCAUCUUUCUUGGGUUUGGCUGGUGCAGCUUUUAUGUUGAUCUAA